CCCACACGUGUUUGGUGGCAGUUUGUGUUUAUCAUCCUGGUAACAAUAGCUGAUCGUGAACUUUCUUACACCGGCACGUUGAACACUCAGACCCUGGUAGGAUCUUACGCGUAAUUUCUCUUCUUGGUUUCCUCAUUACUGGUGACCUUUAAAGAAUGGAGAUUCCCAAAGCAGCAAACAACUCUGUAAUCAUAGAGUCCGUCGACGUCAACUCGACUCGAAACACAGCUGAAACCAACGGCUCUUUGACAUCCGUCACAACGGCAAGAGGAGGUGAACUUGACAGGGAGACCACCGAAAUUGUCAUCUAUGCUCUCGUGGUGGUCGUGCUCCCGACUCUAGCUGGCUUCGGCAUCACGGGAAACGUGAUGAGCCUCUGUGUCCUCGUCCGUCAUGGAUUGGACAAGAGCUACAACGUCUUGCUGGUCGUUCUCGCCUGCUCAGACUCCUCGUUUCUCCUCUCCAUGCUCUGCUACGGAUUUACAGCUUCAAAUGGAUACCGCUAUCUCGAUCAAAAGAAAUCCUUCUACUUCUUGUUUUUCCAGGUGUUGCAGGUGAUGGAUUACGCCGGGGCCUGGACUUCUUUCACCAUGCCUCUCUUCAUCACAGCAGAACGGAUUUUAGCUGUAUGUUUUCCCCUGAAAAUGACUCGUAUUGUUUCCCCAAGAAGAACAUUCUGUAUUGUCGCUUUCGUGGCUUUGUCACUCUAUUGCACAAUGAUUUAUCUCACUAUAAUCAGCAAUUCCCGCUUUCAGCUUUAUAAUUCAACAUUUGGAAAUCAUUCCAACAGCACGACCAGAGAACUAGAUAUCAUCGAUUUGUCCAAACUGAGAAAUACCCUAGACACCACUGAAGCCAUUACGGAGUUUAGUAAGUUCCUGUUCGGACCAUUUCCGGUAUCCAUUGUACUCGUUGGUUGCAUUGUAUUAGUGGUGAAAAUCAAGAUGGCGACUUUAAAGAGAAACCAGAUGACGAGCAACGUCAGCAAAGACUCGUCUGUUGUCCGUGUGACGAUGACCCUUCUUGUCGUCUGCUUCGUGUAUGCCGUGUGCAGUUUCGUCAUAUUCAUCCUGCAUUCCAACAUCUUCAAGGACCACUACUCUGGCGACUCUGAGGAGGAGCAGAUGGUGCAGAUCAUUCUAGGCGAGGUUGUAAACAGCGUGGCCCUGAUCAAUUGUUCCGUGAAUUUUAUUAUUUAUGUAGUCAUGAACCGACGAUUUAGAUACACGUACGUGCAGAUGUUCGCCCCACGAUGUUUAGCUGGGAGCUCUGGAGGCUCAAGUGCAUCCAGUGCUAGCUCCUGAUAUGUUCACAACGUCGAGUUACACUACGCAACUUGUCUCAAUGUUCAACAUUCUUGUAACUUUAUCAGAA